GAAUGAAUGAGAGAGCCUUGACGGUAAAUUUGACUUCGACCUUCAUGGGAGUGUCUCCUCCAAAAGAUUCGCAACACAAAAAAUCUAAAACCAAGCACAAACAUAAACACAAAAUAAAAGACACCGUUGAAAAAGACGAUAAGGAGUUUACGCGCACCGAAAAUCUUUCACGGCACUAUAGCAAUAAACGGCCCCACCAACUUACCCAUGUCAAAAUCAAGAUAGAGCCUCGUGGAUCCUGCAGCCCGCCUCAUAAACGAAGACUAAAUGAUCCUAUAAUAUUGAAGGCUAGGUCUCCUCGAAGAAGUGGAAGGGUUAGUUCCCCCGUUAUCUUAAGGGAUAGUGAAGAUAUUUCUGAAUCCAAACCUAAUCUCGGGAAAAGCGGAUUAUUAGAAGGAAACCCUGGUCCCGUUAUUAAACAAAAAGCCAAUUUUGAGUUAUCAGUGUUGGGUGUACACCAACUUCCUAUACAGAGAUAUGAUUUAAAUAAUUUGGCCACUGUUCUCGAUAAAUUGUUGCUAGAUAAGUCGCGUCAUCAGCCUGGCGGUUAAAAAAAUUUUCUGGUAAUUCAGUAUACAGGACAAUCUGAAAGAGUAACUGCACCACAUUUAUUCCCUUCGUAAAUCCACUUAUUUAUAAGAUCAAACUACUGGUAAUUUCUAGUCAAAACAUGCAAACUUUGUAUUUGUGUUUAGGUAGCUUCUUUUUACCGCAUGGCGAACUACUUAUUUAAAUAUUCUUUAUUGAAAGAUUUUCUAGCUUUUGAAAUCAUCCAUUAAUAUUAGUUAGAAAGUUAGUUAUGUAGAGGUGUCCAUUAGUUAAUUAAAUUGUCUGUCUGUUAAGUAGUUUGAACCCACUUUCGUCAUACAUCUGUCAGCUGGAUAUCUGCCGGUGACUUUAUUUGUCAUUCUAGAACCAGGUCUCAUAGCGUAUCGAGGUGAUGAAUAAAUGACAAUAUGACACGUCAUUGCAUUGGUUCAUUAUUUUAGCGAAGCAGUAUGUGAAAACACAGUGCUCAAAAUUUACCAAGAAACAGGUUAUGAAUGUGUCUACACCAAUGGUGCCAGCAUUUUCGUUAAUUCUAAAGAUACAUAUUUCCACUGUCCUUGAGGUCGUUUGCAGAUAUUACCAAUGGUCCAGGAACUAACUGGACUUACUUUGAAUACUUCCAGCCACUUGAAAUACUAUCUGGGCCCACGUGAUUUAUUACUUAGUUUUCCUACAUUGCUUGUCGAAGCCUACUCACAAAACAUAACAUGGAGCUUGUGACUAAAUCCUUGAUAAGCGUUUGGAUUCGUCAAAUGUGUCAUAAUUGGCUCAAGCUAUCAACUUCUGCAAACCCGUCAGAUACUAGUUGAUUUCAUAUUUUUGUAAUGAUGAUGAAUGUACUACUUCAAUCGUAGGUAAAUGGAAUAUAUUUGCUUAGUUCCUGUGUUAUAGUUGUAAGAAUAUACAAACCACUUCUGAAAAAAACAAUUGUACGCCAUUUCAGUUAAUGUAUCAAAAUUUGGCCAUAAACACAAAUAUUAAAAUUAUUGCCUGACAUUCCAGUUAACAAGACCUUUUCCAGUCAAACUGGACCAUUACUAGACGUAGUAGCUGUACAUUUGUUUCUGUUCCCGUUUCAUUUCGUCGUUUCCCUUUUUCCUGUUUGAAAGGCAAACUUGCGGAGGACACAAAUGUUUUUAAAGGUGUUGUGAUAAAAUACAAUGAACCAGAAGAUGCUAGAAAACCCACCACACAUUGGAGAUUGUAUGCUUUCAAGGGAAAUAAAACAUUAUCCGUACUGCAUAUACAUAGACAAAGUGGAUUCUUAAUUGGCCGCGAUCGAAAAAUUGCAGACAUUCCUAUGGAUCAUCCAAGUAUUUCAAAACAGCAUGCUGUUUUGCAGUAUAGACUUGUAAGUUAAAAGUUUAGCAUUAAUGAUGAUGCAUUUCUUGGUGCCCUGUUUUGCUAGAUACUUCUGUUGUGAGCAAUAAAUAAAGCAGUCGGUCAAUAUAAUUUUUAGUUACCUUUUGAAUUUCAAACAGAAUACUACAAAUCGCCUUAAUUUUCGGUAAAAGAAAACAGAACUUUCCUAAAGUGAUAAAAAUACUUAACGACGGCACACGUAAAAUGUAAAGUCGAAAUCAUUAGUAAGAACUACUACUUAGCACUUGCCGUCAUUUGUUUCGCAUUUGAUUUUUUGUGCCUUCUAGUUGAUGCAGUUUAUGCAUAAACUCCUUUUUAUUCUAAAAGCAUAAGCUUGUAGUUCAUUUAAAAAAAAGUAGGUUUAGAGUUAUAAACCAAGGUGAGAACAUAAAAUAUAAGGAACUUUCCUUCUGUGUAAUUUCGAUAUUUAGCUGUCUCAACAUACUGAAGUAAAACAAGUUAGCAGAUGCCAGCUGCGUGCUAUAGAGUACGAGUUAAAAGCUGUUCGUAAGACCAGAUAGCAGUAAGUUUCAUGUUUAUUUGUUGCACAUCAGUCAUAGAUAAAUAGAUUUUAAAAAUAUUGAUUUGGAAUGUCACUUUGUUAUGUUCGUCGUUUCUCUGCAGCUGCAUGAUAAGGGUGAUAAUAAUGACAAUAAUCAUAGUAUGAUACUUCCAGUUACAAUGGAGACUUUUUCUUCACUUGAAUUUUCCAUUGCAUAUUUGUUUAAUCCAUGAAUUUCGGUGCAGCCCCCUUCCAUUUAUCCAACACACAGGUAAAAGGAUGAACCAACCACUGGUUCUUCUGCCAGUUUUUAGUAUUUGAUUAGCAACUAGUUGUAAGCUUUCUCAAAGGUGACUGAGUACUUUGUGGUUAGCGCAUGCAGACAGUAAAGCAAAAAAAACCAGAAUUGUAAGUUACCAGUUGUUAUUUCUCUGUAUCUUACUGUACAUUUAUUCUUCUAUUCAGGUUCGUGGCCUGAUUCGCUUGUAUAUUAUCGAUUUAGAGUCAGCAAACGGUACUUAUUUGAACAAUAACAGAAUAGAAUCUCGUCGUUACUAUGAGCUCCUUGAAAAAGAUGUAAUCAAGUUUGGUUUCUCAACACGUGAAUAUGUUGUUAUGACAUCAGAAACUGACAUGGGUGACUCAUCUUGAUUAUGUUUUUUGUACAGUGUUUGUAAAUAUAUGUUUAUAAUUAUUGAAUGGUAAUAUUUUCCAGAAUUAAACUUGGUCAUAUCAAUUGUAUUGUACCUAAUCUAAUGUUCUAAUCAGAGUGAAUGAUGGCCCAAAAUGAUAUUUUCGUUUUUAUUAAGUAUGUAGCGUAAAACAUUCAUUCGUAAAGUCUAAACACUUCUUAUUCAGAAGAUAUAGUGAACUGUGCUAAACCGGUAGAUAAACGCAAUAUUGUUCUAGUCUGUACGAAAUCCAUUGGCAGGUUCUUUUUGUAUAUAUUUCUGAACGAAAUUUCUUUUAUUGAGCUGAUUAAUACGAUAACAUGGACGGAUGUGUACUGUUAGUACAUAAAUCAACAGUGAGUAUGCCUCUCUCCAGAACUUGAUAUCUCAGUGAGCCGUGAAAUAUCGAAAGAUAAUGGUCUGUGAAAAAUGAAUAUUUAGCGGAAAUGUCACAUUUCAUGUACGUUUUUGUGCAACCCAACAUUACAGUGGAAAAGUAAUUGAGUGAUAUGUCCCGAUCGGCUUAACAAUAACAUAAAUUGUUCAAUAUGGUUAUUCUAACCGAUUUGCAGCAUACAUAAAAACUUUCCUACCUUACAUACUGAUAACUGUAAGUGUUAAUUUUGAAGAAUGACUGGGUCUAUUUAAAAAUACGACUUUGUAAAACUCAGUCAGAACUUGCUAAAAAUCAUCGCUCUUGGAGUCAUUUACUCAUAAGCCAUUUAUGACUCGAAUUUUCGUCCUACGACAUGCUUUAUCCUACCACCGAGAAAUCCUAUGAGUAAUGUCUAUUUAACUUUUACUAUAUGGUCUGAAGUUAAGUACAUGAACCUAGUGCUGUUACACUAAAAACUCAACACUUAUCAGUCAGUUAUACUUAUUGACCAUAUAAUAUCUAUAACUGAGCCACGUUUCCUUAUGCAGUUAAUUAUUGCACAUUCCGUUUAAUCUAUGGCUAACGAUUUUCCAGAACUUAAGCUAAUCUUUGAUCACGAAGUCAUUAUUCAGUUCGAUGAAAAGCCAAACUAACAUCACCCCAAUAGCUAUUAAGAAGUAGACAGCUAUUCCAUCAUAGUUUAGGGUUCUACAGCAAAUUGAUUUUUUUACUUUAAAAAGAUUAGUAGAAGUAAAAACACCAAGUUCAAGUAGAACAGCCACUCUUCUGUUAACAGCUUGGGACCUUUCAUGAGUCCGUAUCACCAAUUCUUUCUACAAGUGAUUCUACGGUUGUCUGGAUUAUUAUGUUGCUAUUGAUUGAAUGAAUAACAUUUCUCAACUUCAUAAUUAUAACAAAAAUUUUGCUUAAUGCAAGUAGUUCGCAUUCGCUCUUAACUUACAUAAAACGUUUUUCCAACAAGGAUUCCAGGUAAUUUAUUCUAAACUAAUGAGACAAAGAUUUAAACGCUUAUUUUCACUAAUAACACCACACAAUGGGUAAGUGGACAGUUAUUUGAUGCCUGGAAGCCCUUUUUGUUUUCACAUUUAAUUAUAAGCAGAAAUAAUAUAAAACCGAGUCAAUAUGCGUAAAAUUUUGCAUAACAACUCAAAACACUCAAUGUAGAAGUAGUUUUAAAGGAAGUACAUCAAUAAUCUUAUGUAAGUGUACAUACAUGCGCGUAAGACUAAAACAAAAUAAAAUUGGAAUACCGGGAUAGGUAAUAACACUACAAUAUCUCACAUUCGCAUAUGCAUAUGAAUGUUUACAAUUGAUAGUAGUCUUUUGUUGACAACAAAUAGAACUAGACAAUACCCCUAAUUUAACCAGCGUCACAUUAACCUUUAAAAAUUACAUUGAAAGCUAACAACUAGGGAUCAACAUAAUAGGAAAAAAAAGUUAGCACGAAAAAUAAAAGCUGCAGAUGCAAAAAAUUACAGUAAAACUAAAUAUUGAGCCAAGUAGUACAUAGAUAAAUAUUAUGUGUACACCUUCAAAAGUAGAAUAAACGAAGG